AUUGGAUCGACGAUAACCCGAAAAUGAAAAUGGCGUUUUUCAACAGAGUCCCUUUGGACGACUAUCGUCUGCGGUUCCAUUCCUAAACAAACCACAUAUAUCACUGCAUAUGAUUGGUGGUGAGUGACAGUAGUUGCCGGGGUGAUCAUAGAAGAGUGCGACCCAUCGGGGGAAUAUGUGCAUUCUUUCGGAACCAAAACACCGCUGCUGGCAGGUCAUAAGACCGUAUAUAGCCCCUCUAGGUCGCCGUGUAGGUUCGUCGUCGAUUGGCCGUCAUGUUUUCUAGUUCAUCCCCGGAGGUCUAUCUUGUCAGUGCAGGUUUGGUUGGAAUCACAGUCCAACUGUUCUUGCAAUCUCAGAGACUCAAUGCAAUCCCCACGGUUGGGUCGACUAACUGGGGCGGCUCCUGGCGGUCGGCUAUAAAAAAUAUAAGUGGCACGUCUGGCGUCGUUCAAGAAGGUUACAACAGAUAUAAAAAUGUGCCAUUCAAGAUUCCAUUGCUUUAUAAUUGGAUGGUGGUCGUCAGCGGGGCCAAGCUGCUCGAAGAAGUUAAGGCAGCCCCAGAUGACCAGUUAUCUGCAGCCGAGGGUACAAACGACUUCCUCAAAAUUGCAUUUAUAAUGGGACAUCGGGUUGCGAACGAGCCGUAUCAUUUCGUGGUCAUUAAGACACAGCUCAAUCGCAAGCUUAGCACUUUAUAUCCAGUCGUUGAAGACGAGAUAUCGGUCACCCUGAGUGAAAUGUUUUCUUCGCAAGAUAAUGAAUGGAAGCCCAUAGUGGCAUUGGAGGCCAUCCAAAAAGUGGUUUCUAGGGCAAGCAACCGGAUUUUUGUUGGACUUCCCCUCUGUCGUAGCCCCGACUGGUUGGAGUUUGGCCUUCAAUUCGCUGUUGAUUCCUUGGGAUCAGCAGCGAAAAUGGACCUUUUUCCAAGUUUCAUGUGGCCGAUCAUUGCGGGCUUUGUUACGUCUACGGAAAGUCAAGUUGGGCGGGCAGUAGAAUUUCUAGGCCCCAUCAUCAGGGAGCGCCAGAAAAUAGCGGACCAUGCUCGUAGCGGAGAAGCGGUUAACAUGCCGGACGAUUUCCUUCAAUGGCUGAUAGACACUGGUAUCGAAACCACUGAAAGGGAGAUCACGCAACGUAUGUUGGUCAUGGUUUUUGCUUCGGUUCAUGUAACUGCAAGCUCUCUUAUGCGUGCGGUAUACAAUCUUGCGGCACAUCCUGAAUAUCUAGAGCCUCUCCGCGAAGAGGUGGACACAGUAGUACGUCAACAUGGCUGGACGAAAGCUGCGACAGACAAGAUGUACAAAAUCGAUAGCUUCUUGAAAGAGAGUCUCCGCCUUGGUGGUGCGAGCAGCUUGAUCAUGCUGAGAAAGGUGUUAAGAGAUUUCACUUUCUCGGAUGGCAGAGUCGUCCCAAGAGGAUGUUACAUCUCUGCCCCAUCAUGUGCUAUUCACCACGAUGAAGAAUUCUACGACAAACCCAAUGCUUUUGACCCGUUCCGUUUUGUUCGACCCCGUAGUAAUGGAAAAGAUAUGAAGCAGGGGAUGAUCUCUCUUGCCCCAGAUUACUUGGCAUUUGGGCACGGGAAGCAUGCGUGCCCGGGCAGGUUUGCUGCUGCCAUGAUUCAGAAGACGAUACUGGCUCAUAUCAUAUCGUCGUACGACCUGAAGCUUGACGACGACGCCCCGGCAUCCUGCAGGGCCGUCGAGUUUGGGAUCUUCAUUGCUCCAGAUCCUACCACCACAAUCCUGUUGAGGAAGAGAGCUACCUAAUUUUUACCACUAUAUUUCGUAUCAUACCCAUGUAUUGUAGCCCCCCUCGAUGGGGAGAAAUUGUACACGUUACCUGAGAUAAAAUGAGUGGAUCAACCUGCCUGUGAU